GUUUUGUUUACGUUUCGAUUUCAUUAUUUAUUUUCUAAUAGGCUAAUAGUGUAGUUAUUCGUUUCCGUAUUUUACAAGAAUACAUUGCUUAAAUAGAUUAUUAAAAAUAAAAUAAUUAUUUAUAAUAAAAUGGAUAAUGUUAAAAAUAUUUGGAAACCAGAACUUUAUCGCAUUCAAUUGGAGGCUCCAGUACCAAAGCGUAUAACAUGCGAGGACUGCCAAGACAGGCCUCUGUUCUAUGGAAAGGAAUACCAUGGAAUCAUGGGCCACAAGGAAGCUACUUUGUUGCUAGAGGACGAACCCAAUGGUGCGUUUCUGAUAAGGAAAGGAAAUGAGUAUAAUGAUUUCUACACAUUAACUUGGAGAUUUAAUGAUAAAGUACAUCACUAUAAAUUAUAUUAUGAUGGCACUCAUUACAUUAAAGACAAAAGAUAUGAUAGUAUAUAUGACCUAGUAGCAGAUGGUCUAAUAACAUGCCACAUGGAGCUCAAGGCCCACCACAUAAUGGAAAUGAUUAAUUCACGAGCAAACUAUAUGGACAGCCCAUAUGUUACAAUUAAUAGAAGGAAGAUAAACACACUUACCAAAAUUCAUCAGGCUUCGAACAGAUCAAGUCCGAUAACUAACAAAAAAGAGGGUAAAAUAUUAGAAAUUGAAUCAGAUAUACAAAAGAUAAAUUUUGAUAUUACUCCCACUAUUGAAGAUAGCCCUCUUUUGUAUAAAUAUACAAAAUAUCAUUCAUUCAAGGUUCAUACAUUUAAGGGUUUAAACUGGUGUGAAUUGUGCGCUAACUUCUUAUGGGGUUUCACCGCUCAAGGUGUUAAAUGUGAAGAUUGUGGUUUCAUUGCUCAUUCGAAAUGUUCGGAACGCGUACCAAACCACUGUGUGCCGGAUCUGAAGAAACUGAGAGGCGUUUUUGGCAUCGACCUGACUACUCUGCUCAACGCCCACUCCAGUACCUUACCCUUCGUGGUGAGGAAGUGUGUCAAUGAAAUAGAAACCAGAGGACUUGAUUCGGAGGGUAUAUAUAGGGUGUCAGGUUUUGCUGAUGAAAUUGAGGCUUUGAAAAUGGCUUUCGAUAAAGACGGUGAAGCCACAGAUCUAAGUGUAUAUAGCAAUAUUAAUGUAAUAGCCGGUACACUCAAGCUUUACCUGAGACUCCUGCCGGUACCUCUGAUAACUUACGAGGUACAUCCUAAGCUAGUGAACGCUAUUCAAACGAAAACAGCAGCUCUUCAAGUGACGAUGUUGCGGGAGGCGCUCGACACUCUCCCGCCGGCUCACUUCAACUGCUUGCAGUAUAUGGUGCAGCAUUUACACAGAAUCGCACAACACGCGGAUGUUAACAAAAUGUCGGCACAUAACCUUAGCACAGUUUUCGCGCCAACACUCGUGGCCACGCCCCCCGCCAUCACGGACCUCGCCUUCGAGAUACGGGCGUUACAAGCGCUGAUCGACUACUGCCCACAAAUAUACUACGGACACAAAUGAUUUAAUUGAUUUAACUCGUUUAUUAUUUAUUUUAAACUUACGUAAAAAUGAAUAAAUACAUAAGUUUGUAUUCCGUUUUAAAUUCGCUCUAAAAUGGCGGCUGUCAUGUGACGAUGAUGAGUUGAAGAGAAUAGGAUAGUGAAAAUAAUCAAAUUCUAAUUAAUUACUGUUUUAAGAAAAUAUGUUUCGUGUAUUGAACAUAAAAACAGAUGACUAUGGAUAACUUUUUCGUAAAUUAAGUAUUUAUAUAAACGAUCGAAAAAGCUUAGCGGACAUUAUUUAUUGAACAUUUAAUUAUAUUUAUACAUUAAUUAAUAUUAUGAUUGUAUUUAUAAAGUUAAUUCGUAAAUGCAAAACAUUCAAUAACCUUGACAAUCAAAUAAUUUAUUAAAUAUUUUAUUUUUCUAUUCGAAAUAAAUUAUUUUAUUGCUUUUAUUUUGUCAUCACAGUGACAACUAGCAACACCAAUGGUCGUAAGUUCUCAUCUGUUUGUGUUACCAUAUGUCAAUAUGUAUAUAUAAUUCGAGUUAUUGAUUAAAAUUGUAAUUUUUUAAAGAAUCUCUAAAAAAAUGUUAACCAUAAUGUACUGAUUAAAGUAUAAUUAUUAUAAAAAAUCGUUUUAAAAGCAAGUUUUUAUUUAAUUCAAGUAACUAACUCGCUGUCCUAUGUGAACGACAAACGAGAUAAUGCGACGCGAGGCGAUAAUAUCGAGUCCUUGUGGGUAUUUGUGGAUUACGUAGUUAGUCUGCGACGAGAUGCAACGAAGUACGGACUUGUUUAUCACGCGACACAUAAAUGAUGAGACUCCAAUUUUUUGUCGCUCAUAAAUGAUAUUUAUUGACUCUUUUUGUUUACGAAGUUUUUGUAGAGCUAAGUAUAUAAAAUAUUAAUUUUCGAGUAAUAACGCAAAAUUGCCCACGGCUAAAGCAAUAAUGAACUAAAAUCGCCGCGAUUUUCGCGCACGGACGACAGAAUGACACACGUCAGACAUAUGUAAGAACGGAUUUGGGUGAAAUUUGGAAUAGAGAUAAUUUACACUCUGACAACACAUAGGGGUCUACGUGUCCCCCCCCCCCUCUCACACGAGCGGUAGUAUCUAAUAGGUAACUUAAAUAACUUUGUAGAUGUAUAUGUUAUCAUACUAAUAUAUAAUUAUAAUCGUAUAUAAUAAAAUAGUGCAAUAUUUAUAGUAAAUUAUUAUUAUGUAAUGUGAUAUUGGAUUGUUUAAGUAUAAUCUUUGUUAAAGAUAUUUGUAUAAACCAUUCCAGGUUGUGUUUU